AAUUCCAAAGGGAUGGAGUAUAAAAUAAAUCAAAACUCAGAUUUUAGGGUUUAUCUUCCCCAAUUGUCAUCGCGAAUUUGGUGGUCUUCUUCCUUGCCUCUUCACUCUUCAGCACUGUCGUCAAAUCUUCACAACUAGCAAUCAUGGGGAAGACAAGGGGAAUGGGAGCUGCCCGAAAGCUGAAGUCCCAUCGUAGAAGGCAGAGGUGGGCUGACAAAUCUUACAAGAAGUCACAUCUUGGAAAUGAAUGGAAGAAACCAUUUGCUGGAUCUUCUCAUGCUAAGGGAAUUGUCUUGGAGAAAAUUGGUAUUGAAGCUAAGCAGCCAAACUCUGCUAUUAGAAAGUGUGCUCGUGUUCAGCUCAUCAAGAAUGGAAAAAAGAUUGCCGCUUUUGUGCCGAAUGAUGGUUGCUUGAAUUUCAUUGAAGAAAAUGACGAGGUGCUAAUUGCUGGAUUUGGUCGUAAAGGACACGCCGUGGGAGAUAUCCCUGGAGUCCGAUUUAAGGUCGUUAAGGUUGCUGGUGUUUCCCUUCUAGCCCUCUUUAAGGAAAAGAAGGAAAAACCCAGGUCUUAAGUUGAAGGUGUUGAGACUACUUAAAUUUUGUUUACUUAAAAUGAAGUAAUCACUCAAUUGGAUACCAAUUCAAGAACUUUUGUUUUGUGUUCUAGACAUGUUUCUUUUGUUAAAAGAUAAUUUUUAAUAUUCUUAGUAUCAUCAAUUAUCAUAUUAUUAUGUGCAUG